GGUUAUUGUGUACACUUCCUGUUCAGCGUGUCACAAGAUCAUUAGGCCUAUGUGCAAGAUUAUAUAACGAUUUGCUGCCUGCCCCUGUAUAGUUCCCCCUAAUUUGUGUACCUGGAUUGCAGGUUCGUGUUGAUAAGGAUAUAGUAAGUGUGUGAGUAAACCAUUUUAUUUUUCAGUGCAUUAUUAUUGACUGACAGUGACACGGACAACGAAUGACAGUCACAGACCAGGUGCACAUGCAACUGCUCAUGUGGGAGACUUACGGUGUUGGAUAAUGGAUUAUACGUGGAUACUGUGGAUUAUGACCAUCCAUUUGGUUGACUUCUCGCUCACAGAUUGUAAAUUUCCUCGUCACAAAACAGAAAGAAAUCUACAACAAAGGAUACAACCACUAGUUGGAAAAACUUUUGAUGGCAGUGAUGGAAAGAAUGAAUACAAAUACUACUUUGGUGUGUGCACAAAAGCUUUGGACAGAAAUGACGUUGAUGCCCAAUUUACUGGAUUGCUGCAAGUUAAACAAGACAAAGGGAAAUCAACUUACAAAUUAGGAAAAUAUACAGAUGCUUCGAUAAUAUCUGGCAGUGAUUGGUUGAUAUUGGAAUAUCUAGAUGGAGACAAAUACCAUUCACACUGCGGUUCAGAACCUCGGAGGGGUAGAGUCAUGUUUAAUUGUGAUAACAGCGUCAGUAUAGGGGAGGAAAAGCUUGUUGUGUUGGAAGAAGAAAACAACAAAACAGAGGACUGUUUUUAUUUAUUUGAGAUGAAGACCAGUGUAGUGUGUCCGGAACUCAUCACCGUGAGCCUCAGUGUGGGAUCCAUCCUCAUCAUUGUGUUUUUGUGUAUACUUGCAUUGUAUUUGAUACUGGGAUGUGCAUACAUGAGGUUUGUUAUCCAUGCCAAAGGAAAAGAACAGUGCCCUAAUUAUGAGUUCUGGAAGGACUUUGGAAAUCUUCAAGCUGAUGGCUGUGAUCUGGUGUGUCGUUCUAAGAGGCCUCCAGAUUCCCACUCGUAUAAAGGUAUCGGAGAUGACCAGUUGGAUGGUGAGGAGGAGAGAGAUGACCAUCUCCUGCCCAUGUGACCUCCGUUUAGAGUCCACAUAUCUUGUAUGAUGUUUAGUUUUCUCUGUUUUAGGCAUUCCAGGUGUUUAUGUAUUUCAUCAUUUAACAAGGUUUAUAUGUAACUAUUCUUUGAGGUGGCAGAAUACUCAAAUAAAUUGUGGUGCAUUAAUUCCUACUGGCAUACAAUUUUGAAAUUUUGCCAACAAAUAUUAUAUUGUUAAUAACAAAUACAAUUUCACUGGUAACAAAUACAAUACUCAUUUAUUGUUCUUUCCUUUUAAAUGAAAAUGAACUUUGUCUGGUGGUCAACAAAGGAAAGACCACAGUACCAAGUCUUUUAUGUGUUUUCCCCAUUGCUUCUUAUAUAUUGAUUAAACAUCCUGACAUGAUCAUGAAAAUAUUACUUGGAGAGAGUUUUUAAUUCCCACCCUAAAUUUGGGGGAAGGGGGUUCUUCAUUUUUUGAUCGGGAUUUUCUUUUAAAGGUUACCAGGUUGUAACAUGAUUAUUUGUCUUAUAAUUGAAAACCACUGCAGUUAAUGUGACAGAAUUUUGUCACAACAUAUAUACAUUGUAUUGAAUUGUUGGGCAAUCGCUCCUAGUGUUCAACAUUUGUUGUUAAUGGUGUAUAACUGUUUAAUUUCGUAGAUUAUACCGAAAAACUCCAUGUACAGCCAUAAUAAUACAGCAGGUGUCAAUAUUCAAACAUUCCUAAUGAAUCCCAAAGUGAUUGUAUCAUGUAGUCUUUAUUCAUCAUCCCUUUCAUUGCUGUGUUGUGUGGUGGUCAUGAGGAGAGGUUUAAUUGAGUUGACAUACUUUGUAUUUUUGGGGUGCAACAAAUACAAGAGGUAGUACAUGUAUUUUAUGAAUGCAGAAAAAGACAUCAUAGCAUGUGCAUUUGAAUCAAGAAUACAACAUUGUGUGUGUUAUUGAGUCGAGAAUACAACAUUGUGUGUGUUAUUGAGUCGAGAAUAUAUCAUGGUGUGUGUUAUUGGGUCAAGAGUGUGUGUUGUUGGGUCAAGUUUGUCAUGUACCAAGCACAUGUUGAAAAACACUGAGGUUUUGAUAACUGACUCAGACUUUUUUUUCUAUUUUAAAAAUGGGUGCCUGCAUAUACAUUUACAUACUAAGCUUAUCACUCUUCACGAAUGCAAGAAUUGAACAAAUGCUGUUUUGUGAUGUGGAAUGUUCUUUGUAAAUACUCAUUUGAAUAGUGCUUGUAUGAAGUUGUUUGGUUUUUUUAUUUGAGCUGAGUUGCAUUGAGUUUCAUUUCACUCUUAAAUUGACAAAAGGUAGGCAGCUGAAUGAAAAAUAUUGUUUUUGAGGUUAAUAGGUCAAAGGUCAAGGUUGCUAAGACAAGUAAUAUAAGCUAUAAUCAUACAACUAAUUACUUUUAUGUAACUGUUGUGAUGUAAAGGUCUUUAGGUUGGGGUCAUUUAAUGAUUUUUCUUUUUCUUGGAACAUCACAUGCAAUACAAUUUAAAUCAAGAAAUUUUCUAAAUCCUUGUUUUAUUUUUGUGCUGGUUGACUUCAUUCUGAAGAGAUCGCCUGAUUUAAGCUGACUCGACCAGGUGUGAUUUGAGUACAGUGUAUCCUGUAUCAUAGUACUGAUAUAAAAAGAGAUGUUGAAACUAUAGCAAUGAAACUUCACAGGCUCUAGAGUGCUUGACUUUAUUUGAAAUUAGCUAGAAAACAUAGCAUUUAGUUCAUCUUUCAUUAUCCAAAUGGCUCGUUUUAUUUGUUACAGAGCCAAUUUCAAAUUAUGGGUUGAAAGUUUAGAGUAUACCUGUAUUUACUUUCUUAUAAGUUUGAAUUUACUUGUAUUAUUAAUAAAUAUGAUAAAUUGAAA